AUGACAGAGGACCUGCACCACCUUUACCUGCAGUAUCCAGACAUGAAGAUCGCUGUCUCUGGCAUCAUCCGGGGGAGCAGGUGGAAGGCUGGUGCAACUGAAGUCAUGGAGGUGGAGGGCACUACAGAGCCAGCUUUCGUGGACGUGGACCAGGGCUUGACUCUGGCCUGCAUCGCCUUCCUCUGCCUGCUGCUGGUGGCCAUGAUCAUCCGCUGUGCCAAGGUCAUAAUGGACCCAUACAGUGCAAUCCCUACCUCCACUUGGGAGGAACAGCUCUUAGAUGACUAA